UCUAUCCGAUCCAAUGCUCGUCUUUGUAUCACGACAAUGUUUUGAAUGGUGUAAACAUUGUGAUUAUGAUUUUCAUAUGUCACAAAAAUGUAUGUGCAUAAUCGGGUACGACAAGCAUCGCUGUAAAAUUUUUAGACGGAUUUCGAUUCGGCAACAGUUUUGAAUUAAUUAUUCAAAAAUGGCAAUUGGAAAGUAAGCAGGUCAUUGUCACCAAACUAAAUUAUGAUAAGUGCGAACAACAAUAUCUCCUAAUGGCAAAUGCGUUCAUUUUACUUGUUACCUAUUUGAUUCUCGGAUGGUGCAUUACAGUUUCAACAGGUAUUCAAUGGCCUAACAGCAGUUUUGGCUUGCCAAGUACAUAUUCUGGAUGUCCUGGUGACUUGAAAAGUGGUUGGCGUGAGGGAUGGAGGUUGCAGGAUAUGGAGAAUGAUGAUAAAAAUCAUGACCUUCGUUCAAAAGCAUCAUUGAAGAACCACUUUGGUGUUACGUUUAGACUAUCAAAAAUGGAUAUUGAACGAAAAUUUUGUAUGCUGGACCAAAUAAGCAACAAUUCGAAGUCUUGGCCACGCGGUGUAUAUUGUGUUUACAAGUCAAGUAAUGUUUGUCCAAAUGGUAUGAGUUCUGGUUCUGUGAAAUGGGACGAUGAAGAUGAUUGGCCAAGAAGAGUUAAUGAUCGAGGAGGACAGUUACCUGGUGGCACUUAUGAUAGAGAUACUACUAUUAAUUAUUGCUGUCGAACAAAUGGAAACUGGUAUGAUUCCAUUGAAUUGCCAGUUAUGAAACCUUUUUACUUGUUGACAUCCAACUCAUUGUUAUCUCCCAAAUGUCAAAUGGUAAAGUGGGCAAAAAGUCAAAUGGAGUAUAUUUUAUUUGAUACGGAGGAUGACAAUAAUAGGGAUAAUCUUUCUGGAAAUCAUGUUUUUGUUGAUACUUCUGAUAGUUCUGGUCGCAAAAAGUUCUACUAUUGUUACUACAAAGACUGUCGGGUUUCUACCACUGGUCUCAGUGGUCGAAUUUCAUCGCAUCAGACAGCAAAAAACGAUAUGGAUCCACACUCUCAAUAUUGUUCGUGGCUUAUUACUACAGCAAAAACAUUUGUCAUUUCCCUGAAAUUCUCAAUACUAAAUAUCCCACAGUGCAACGAUACAUUUCUCAAUAUUUACAAUGGCCCAAAUGAUACCUCCCCUCUACAUGGCAAAUAUUGUGGUGAAAAUGCAACUGCAGGAAUGGAAAUACGUUCUUCAUCAAACCAUUUGUUUAUCGUGAGCAACUCUGGUAGCUAUGGGUCACAUCCGAAAAGCGUGUUUGCCUUUCAAGCAUAUUACAAAGCUCAGCUUUUAGGCUGUACUCGCACAUACACUGCUCAAAGUGGCUCAAUAUCUUCACACGAUACAACCCAAAACGAAACUGAUCUAAACUUUCAAUAUUGUUCAUGGCUGAUUACUGUAGCAAAAACAUUUGUCAUCUCAUUGAAAUUCUUGAUAUUAAAUAUCCCACAGUGCGACCAUACAUUUCUCAUUAUUUACAAUGGUCCAAAUGAUACCUCUCCUUUACUUGGUAAAUAUUGUGGAGAAAACGCAACUGCAGGAAUGGAAAUACGUUCUUCAACAAACUAUUUGUUGAUUGUGGGUAACUCUGGUAGCAAUGAAUCUUAUUCAAGAAAUGUGUUUAGAUUUCAAGCACAGUAUUUUGCUCAUUAUUUGUUUAAAGAAAAUAAAUGGCCAACUGGCAACUUUGGUAUACCGAAGGCUAUAACAGGAUGUCCUGUGAUGCAAAAAAGUGGAUGGCGUGAGGGAUGGAGGUUCCAAGAUAUGGAAGAUGAGGAAGUACGUUCAAUCGCGUCACCUAAAAAUCACAUGGCUGUUACCUUUCCAAUUAGAAAUGAAAGAUUUGAUAUCAAUCGAACAUUUUGUAUGUUGAAUCAAAUGAACAAAGAAACAAGACCUUGGCCUAAAGGUUUGUAUUGUCUCUAUAAGUCGAGCAACACUUGUCCUGAUGGUCUUAGUUCUGGAUUUGUAAGAUUGGAUGAUGAAGAUAGAAACAAUAGAAAUGACCUGGGAGGACAGUUACCUUUUGGCACCUAUGAUAAAGACACUAUUAUUCAUUAUUGUUGUCAAACAAAUGGAAACUGGUAUAACUCCAUUAAUCUGCCUGUUAUCAAACCUUUUUAUUUGCUGACAUCUAAUUCAGUGUCGUCUCCCAAAUGUCAAAUGGUAAAAUGGGCAACAAGUCAAAUGGAGUAUAUUUUAUUUAACACGGAAGAUAGUAACAAUAAUGAUCGUUUUUCUGGAAAUUGUGUGUUCUUAGAUAAAUCAGACAGUUUAGGUCGCACCAAAUUAUACUAUUGUUACUACGUAGAUUGUCGUGAUUCAGUUAGUGGUCCCAAUGGUUCUAUAUCUUCCCACAACAUUGCACAAAACGACAUGGAUCCGCACUCUCAAUAUUGUUCAUGGCUUAUUACUGUAGCAGAAACAUUUGUCAUUUCCUGA